AUGGCGGUUGAUGAUUUGUUGAAUGAAAGUCCUAAUACUACUGUUGAAAAUGCUUCACAUGCAUCAUCAGAGGAUGGAUUUGAGGAAGGAGUGACUGUAGCAGUCACCCAUCCUUUGUGGUCUAAGGAGCGGUUUCGUGAGAAGUACUGGUAUCAAUGGGAGAGGUGCAAUGCAAUUGAACGUUUUGCCAAGGUGAAUGAUACACGUUGCUAUAAUUUGCAUAAGGAAAUUGCCACUCUAAAUCAAGGUACUGCAUCUAUUUCUGUUUACUACUCAAAGCUCAAAGACCUUUGGGAUGAGACUGAGUCUAUAGUACCUACUCAUGGCUACGAUUGUGUUAAGACAAAAGAAUUUAUUGUGCAUUUACGUAAGAAGAAGGUGUAUCAACUUUUAAUGGGGCUAAAUGACUCUUAUUCUCAAGCACCCACUGCUGGAGUAUUAGGAUCUACUCCUAAUAUAAACACAAAUGCCUAUGACUCUACUGCCUUGUACAGUGCUAAGCCUAGUUUCAAUCCAAAGUUUAGGAAAAAUUAUAAUGUCCAAUGUGAGUUCUGUAAAAUGAAAGGCCAUAGCAAAGAAAACUACUAUAAAAUCAUAGGGUAUCCACAAGACUAUAAGGCUAAAAGAAAGGGGGAGCUGGAUCUGUUCAGUGGUAAGGUGAGGGAGAUUGGUAGGGAAAGAGAUGGCAUAUACUUUCUGCAGAAACAUGGGGCCAAGAAGCUUACCGCAGUUGCUCUAGUUGCAGCUGGAAUAAAGUUAAGAACUACAGAUAUUACUUUGUGGCAUAAAAGGCUAGGUCAUAUCUCUAGUGUGGUACUCAGAAGACUAUUUCCUGCUAAACUAGCUAGUAUUACUGAUACUAUCAAUAAAUGCACUGUCUGUCCAUGUGCUAAACAAACUAGACUGCCAUUUCCUAAUAACUGUAUUAAGAGCAUUGAUGUAAUUGAUCUAAUUCAUGUGGAUGUUUUGGGUCCUUACAAGUAUGCAACUUUUGAUGGAAAUAAGUACAUCUUGACUGUUGUUGAUGAUUUAACCUGA